AUGGCUACCUUGACCGUUGAACAACAAAUCAAUCAAUUGAAUGAUGCUCGAAAACUUGUGCUCUCGGAUGCCAACUAUUACACUCAAAUCAUUCAAGGAAUACUACCAAUUAUUGGACCAUCCGCGAGGGUAGAACUACGACGAUGGGGCGCAGAUUUCCUUGCAGAGACGUUUUCAAGUCCAACCAUACCUUCGUCGCAGAAAGAAACAUUGAGCUUGGUCGUACUGGAUACAUUGGAGGACAUGAUUGAGAACCCGCACGAAGAUAGUGCAGUAAUUAAGAGUAUAGUGCAAACAGCAGCUAGCAUAUACCCGCUUGUCGUUCGAUGGAUUAUUAACAAUCCCUACGACAUACCGUCCUGGGAUCGCAUGGUUGCAAUCAAAACUCGCAUACUUCGAAUGUGGGACACUGCGAAGCCAGGAAUCAGAAUAUGUUGUAUUAAGUUUGCGCAGAGGGUUGUGUUGGUGCAAACAACAGGACCCGACGCAGAUUCUAGACGUGGUGAUCCUCUUCAGGUAUCACUAUCUAUGGUUCCUCCGAACCAUACUAUUCUUCCUCCCCGAAACCUUGAAGCUGAAGCGUCAGGUCUUCUCGAUAGACUCCUCAGCGUCUUCCAAGAGAACUCUAGCGAUGCUGUACUUGUUGAUGCAACUCUGAAUUCCCUUUCCAUCUUGAUCCGAGCCCGUCCCCAUGUUGCAAAUAAAAUCCUAAAUGUUCUCUUAAACUUCAAUCCCCUGAAACUAGCCAAUUCUCCAAUGACCCCCAAAUUGCGCGUUAUGGUUAAAUCUAUGGAAAAGACUACUAGAUCAUUACUUAUCCAUAUCAGCAAGCGGGACCCUCACAAUCCACUCAAUGGGCGAAUCCAGCAAUAUGUCGAACGAAUGAUGCGCUCUAAGACGGAAAUUUUUGAUGAAGGGAAUAGAAAGCGUGGACCUCCAGAACCUGUGGACGCCCUAGAUCCUGCCAAACGUCAAAAGCUAGGCGCGCAAGUUAAAGCUGCUCGACUACAUAUACCACCAUUAGCACCUGGAAAUCACACAAUCGCCGAGCUUUUUACCAUCACUACCGAUGAAGCCCUAAAGGGUUUUGAUGUUGCACUUUUAUCGGAAGAUCUAGUCGUCAAGAUUGGUAUCACAAUUCUCCAGAGGUUAGAUACCGAUAUCAUUGAGCAGGCUAUAAGCGGCGUGAAAGCAAGACUUCAAGUUCUCUCAGAGCCGAAGCCUGAAGAAAUCAACCCUGAAACGGCUCCACUGGGCGUAGAAGAAGACGACGACGACUAUGAACCUGAUUUCUACAAUGCCGAAGAUACAGAACAAAUCUUGAACAAAUUAGACAGUUCACCACCUGAAGAGCUUAAAGUAGAUAUCGAAAAGGUUGCAAAUGUAGCACUUGGACCGUUCACGUUGCCGCCCCCUCCGUCUCUCAGUGCCGAAGAAGCAACCCGGGUUGGUCAAGGUACUGUGGCUCGAGUCUUUGGUGUAAUGCAGACCCUAGAAGAGCCCGCGGUAAGAAAGGCAAAGGCUGGCAUAAAUAGACUAGCAGCUAGUGCCUAUGAUAGGGAUGCAUGGAUUACUAUCAUUACGCGCCUUGCAACGCGUGCUGGUGCUGGUCUCGAAGAGUCCUCAGAUGCUGUUGUCAAAUUGGAGUCGCCUGAUACCGAGCGAUUAUCCUUAAGUAACACUAUUCGGCAAUCUCUUCUUGUAUACAUUCUGGAAGAUUUUAGAAAACGAAUCGACAUCGCCGUCGCUUGGCUGUGCGAAGAAUGGUACAACGACAAAGUUCAAAUGAAGCUGGGAGAUGGUUCGGCUAUGCUACAUUAUGAGAAAUGGACGCUUAAGGUAUUGGAUGGAAUUUCAAUCUAUCUUGAUGCGAAGGACAAAGUCCUGACAAGGUUCUUGAGCGAGAUUCCCGGGUUGAGUCCAGAGGUGUUGAACAAAAUCAAAGGGCUUUGCAAAGACCCAACCAUGGUCAAUCUAUCGCUAACCAGUCUCCUGUAUUUGGUUAUGAUGCGGCCACCGGUCCGAGACUUGGCUCUCGACGCAGUUGAAGAUAUUUGGAACACUUAUGAUAAUGCAAAACCCAUCGCCGCCAAAUAUCUCAAGAAAUGGCGCCCAGGAUUUGAGGACCGUCUCAAAGGCGAUGACGAAGAAACGAAAUCGAAUGGCAUGAUCAUCAGCGCUUAGGUGCAUACGUUUCUAAUUUCGAUUUACAUGCCCUUCUUGUACUUUAGCAAUUCUCGCAUUCCAGCAUCAAUCGGCGUAUAAGGGAUUUUACAGGACAUGAAUGAAGACUGGGCUAGGGGUUAAAAAAAUGCUAUGCGCACAUUAUUGUAUGAUCAGGAGUUCCCCGGGAGUCAGAAACAGACAAGGGGCGGUACAAAAACUAUUAAAUAUUUACAGUUAGAUCGCAGUGUUGACUAUGAUCAAUUCAACUAGUUCACA